AUGAGAUAUGGUAGCAGUUCCUGGACCGAUCAUAGACGACAGAUCUACCGUAACCCGUGGAGAGGCUUAACGGCACGAGACACUUCAAGAACAAGACAAACACUGUUAAGUCCACGACCUGGUGAGAGAGUUCACGGAGUUAGCAAUAGUAUUCUUAAUGAUAAGAACAAACCUAUUUCGUUUCGAAUCAAUUCUCAUGAAGCGGUUAUUGAGAACACUGGAGUAGCUGAAGUUGUUCCAAGAAUUCAUAGAAGCUUCGUCGAAGGCAUGAAAACGUUUAACAAAUCAUGGGGACAGAACCUUUCAUCCAAUCCUAAUCCUUCCACCGCAACACGACCACAACAUCAUAUUUCUACAACACUAAAUUCUUAUCAAUGGGAGAAUUCUCAAGUGGCAGAAGGAUCUGAGGACGUUUUGAAGAGGAACCAAGAUUUGGAUUUAAGCUUGUCCCUUAAGGUAGCUCGGACACACGACAACCUUGGAGAAUGCUUGUUAGAAGAUGAAGAAAAAGAACAUGAUGAUCAUCAAGAUAGCCUGCAGGGUUUGUCUCUUUCAUUAUCUUCGUCAGGUUUAUCAAAACUUGGUCGAACCAUUAGGAAAGAAGAUCAAACUGAGAGAAAGAUUGUGGUCUUGGCAAGUCCCCUUGAUCUCACUUUGUGA